UUCUGUUGUGUCAUCAGAUUCCAUUUCAACUUCUGCAGAGAACUUUUCUCCUGAUUUGAGGGUCCUGAGGGAAUCUAACAAAUUAGCAGAAAUGGAAGAACCACCCUUGCUUCCAGGAGAAAAUAUUAAAGAUAUGGCCAAAGAUGUAACUUACAUCUGUCCAUUUACUGGUGCUGUAAGAGGAACUCUGACUGUCACGAAUUACAGGUUAUAUUUCAAAAGCAUGGAACGGGACCCCCCAUUUGUUUUAGAUGCUUCUCUUGGUGUUAUACGUAGAGUAGAAAAAAUUGGUGGUGCUUCUAGUCGAGGUGAAAAUUCUUAUGGACUGGAAACUGUGUGCAAGGAUAUUAGGAAUUUACGAUUUGCUCAUAAACCUGAGGGGCGAACAAGAAGAUCCAUAUUUGAGAAUCUAAUGAAAUAUGCAUUUCCUGUCUCUAAUAACCUGCCUCUUUUUGCUUUUGAAUACAAAGAAGUAUUCCCAGAAAAUGGGUGGAAGCUAUACGAUUCUCUUUUAGAGUAUAGAAGGCAGGGAAUUCCAAAUGAAAGCUGGAGAAUAACUAAGAUAAAUGAACGAUAUGAACUUUGUGAUACAUACCCUGCCUUGUUGGUUGUACCAUCAAAUAUUCCUGAUGAAGAAUUAAAGAGAGUGGCAUCCUUUAGGUCAAGGGGCCGCAUCCCAGUUUUAUCUUGGAUUCAUCCUGAAAGUCAAGCCACAAUCACUCGAUGUAGCCAGCCCAUGGUAGGAGUGAGUGGGAAGCGAAACAAAGAUGAUGAAAAAUACCUUCAAGCCAUCAUGGAUUCCAAUGCCCAGUCUCACAAAAUCUUUAUAUUUGAUGCCCGACCAAGUGUUAAUGCUGUUGCCAAUAAGGCAAAAAGUGGAGGUUAUGAAAGUGAAGAUGCUUAUCAAAAUGCAGAACUAGUUUUUCUGGAUAUCCAUAAUAUUCAUGUCAUGAGAGAAUCAUUACGAAAACUUAAAGAGAUUGUGUACCCCAACAUUGAGGAAACUCACUGGCUGUCUAACUUGGAAUCUACUCACUGGCUAGAACAUAUUAAGCUUAUUCUUGCAGGGGCUCUUCGGAUUGCUGACAAGGUAGAGUCAGGGAAGACAUCUGUGGUGGUACACUGCAGUGAUGGUUGGGAUCGCACAGCUCAGCUAACUUCCCUAGCCAUGCUUAUGUUGGAUGGAUACUAUCGCACAAUACGAGGAUUUGAAGUCCUUGUGGAAAAAGAGUGGCUAAGCUUUGGACAUAGAUUUCAACUAAGAGUUGGCCGUGGAGAUAAGAACCAUGCAGAUGCAGAAAGAUCACCUGUUUUCCUUCAGUUUAUUGACUGUGUGUGGCAAAUGACAAGACAGUUUCCUACUGCAUUUGAAUUCAAUGAAUAUUUUCUCAUUACCAUUUUGGACCACCUAUACAGCUGCUUGUUUGGAACAUUCCUUUGUAACAGUGAACAGCAGAGAGGAAAAGAGAAUCUUCCUAAGAGGACUGUGUCACUGUGGUCUUACAUAAAUAGCCAGCUGGAAGACUUCACUAAUCCUCUCUAUGGGAGUUAUUGCAAUCAUGUCCUUUAUCCAGUAGCCAGCAUGCGCCACCUAGAGCUCUGGAUGGGAUAUUACAUAAGAUGGAAUCCACGGAUGAAACCACAGGAACCUAUUCACAAUAGAUACAAAGAACUUCUUGCUAAACGAGCAGAGCUUCAGAAAAAAGUAGAGGAACUACAGAGAGAAAUUUCCAACCGAUCAACCUCAUCCUCAGAGAGAGCCAGCUCUCCUGCACAAUGUGUCACUCCUGUCCAGACUGUUGUGUGAAAGGAUUGUGACUAAGGACAUCAUUGAUAUGAACUCUUCAUUACAGUGGCAGCUUUAUGAGUAGAAAGUCUCCCUAUUUUGAACCCAUCUCUGAGAGAAAAGUUCAGAUGCUUUAUUUAUUUUAAGUCUCUCUAAGAUGAGUUUAGAACUAUAGCAAUGUGGGUGGCUUAAGAGAAACAA